ACUGCUAUUACUACUACUGCCACUACCACUACUUCUUCUUAUUUCUUCAUUUAUUACCUUUCUCUUUUUUCUUUUUUACUAUUUUUAUUAAUAUUUGAUGGCAACUGAGGCCAACCAAAGAACACCUUUGCUGGCCGAUGGUUCGGGGUCCAAGUCAGCCAAACCACCCGUCAGUCGUCCUCGCGUUAGACGCCGACGGUCUUCGUUUGAAGCCUCUACAUACAACUCUACCGGACAACUAUUCCAAUCUCCUGCAAAAGAAGAACUGAGGACAGAACCUGGUUUGAGUCUUUUACAGAUUCUUGCCCUCACACUCUGUAUGGCCGGUGUUCAAUUUACAUGGACCGUUGAGCUCUCAUACGGAACCCCUUAUUUGCUUUCACUGAACCUCUCCAAGGAUCUCACUGCUCUUGUAUGGUUAGCAGGUCCAUUGUCCGGACUCAUCGUCCAACCGGUGAUCGGUGCUUUCAGUGACAAGUGUAAUUCCAGGUUUGGUAAACGACGCCCAUUUAUUGUAUUGGGUGGCAUCUUGACUUGUUUAUCAAUGAUCGGUGUGGCAUACGCCAAGGAAAUCGGUACCUCUGUGGCUAUUCACCUUUACCCCGAUGCCAACAACGAGAAAUUGUUGAGAGAGCGUUACUCCAUUGUAGUGGCAGUGACCUCAUUUUAUUUUCUGGAUUUUACCUUGAAUGCUGUACAGGCCAUUUGUAGAGCUCUUAUUCUUGAUAUUCCACCAUUGUGGCAACAAGACUAUGCAAACGCAUGGAGUGCACGCAUGAGCAAUUUAGCAAUGGUUAUUGGCUACUUUGUCGGGUUUUUGGAUCUAGUAAAGUACUGUCCCUGGCUGGGUGACUCCCAGAUUAAGGCUUUCUGUGUGGUGGCAAUCGUUGUAUUCCUCUCUACACUUGCUGUAACAUGUGUCACUACUGACGAAAAGAAGCUUACCCGAGAAGAACCCGAGGAUUUGCCAUGGUACAAUACCUUUCUUUACAUCUGGCGCGCCUUCCGCUUCUUGCCACGACCUAUCCAGACACUCUGCAACACACAAUUCUUUGCCUGGAUGGGAUGGUUUCCAUUUCUGUUUUACAGCACCCAGUGGGUCUCGGAUCUCUACUUUAUUGCUAACCCACCACAAGAAGGUGACGAUUGGGCAGAGGGUACUCGGGCAGGGUCAUUUGCUCUUUUGUGUUAUUCGCUCGUGUCUGUCGUUGCCGGUAUUGUGGUCCCUGAUCUGUCAGCAAGAUUCGAAAAGGUCAAGAUCUUCUCACUCCUAAAUAUCUACACCAUCUCUCACCUCAUUGUUGCCGGUGCCCUUCUUUCAGCAUGGUUUGUAAGAUCUGUCACGGCUGCCACCGUCGUCCUGGCCAUAAUGGGUAUCCCUUGGGCAAUCGUUCUCUGGGUUCCGUUUUCCUUGGUGGGUGAGUAUGUGAGUUUUGAAGACGAGCGCCGCCAAAUUGCAGCAGCCGCCGCAGACCAAACCCAAAACCUCACAAAUCAUCCUUCACCAUCAUCAUCGACUGUCGUACGACUUGAAGAGCAGAAAGAGGAGUUUGAUGCUGGCAUGAUUCUGGGCGUACACAACAUGUACAUCGUCUUUCCUCAAUUCGCAGUCGCCAUCAUCUCCUCGGCAAUUUUUGCUGCAGCGGACACAAUUCAUGACGGAGACAAUGAAUCUUCUAGUAUUGCUCCUGUCCUGGCAUUUGGUGGUUUGAUGGCACUUGUUGCAGCUGGUUUCAGUAGAUAUGUAAUCCGUGUAGGAUAAAUUAUUAUUAAUAUUAUAUAUAUAUAUGUUUGUUCUUUUGCUUAAUAUCCCUUCUUUUAUAUAUAUAUAUAUAUACCAUCCUUGUAUUCUUUAUCCAAUAUAUAAAAGCCCUCACUUGCAAUAUUCCCGGAUUUUACACAUCAAAUUUGAUAAAAAUAACGAAAAUAAUAAUAAUAUUAUCAAAUUACU